AUGUCUGAAGAUAAUAGCUGGCAGCCUCCGCGGCCCUGCGAGGCCUACCGCGCCGAAUGGAAACUAUGCUGCAGCGCCCGGCACCGCCUGCACUAUUACUACGUCCAUGGCGAGCGACCGGCUUGCGAGCAGUGGCGCCGCGACCUGGUCAACUGCCGCGACUGGGAGGAGCGCCGGAGCGCCGAGGCCCAGCGAUCCCUCUGUGAGAGUGAACGGGCUCGAGUCCAGGCUACACGGAAGCACACCCUGGUGUGGGUGCUGAGACAGAGCCCCCCUGCAGACUGGCACCUCCCUCUGGCCCAGGACAACUGA